UUGUUGUUUUUUUCCUUUUCUAAUAAGCCAAUAAAAUGUAGGAUCAAGCAAACAGAGAUAUAGUGUAUAAUGAGAGAGUGAUGCAACUAACUGUGGGCCUUAAGUCACUCGUACCGACUUUUAACUAUCCACCGAAAAGUCUCACCAUUCCCCUUACGCCACGCGGGCCGCCAGAAGGAUCCAGCCUUCUUUAACUAAUGAGGGUGUGCCAGAUGAGCAACGGCCUAAUGCCACCACAUCUCACCAAACGAGUAAAAAGAUACUACACUCCAGAGUGGCAAAAGCUUAUUCUUUCUCGAUUUAAAAUUUUAAAUACAACUCCGGAGAUAUGGCACUCCCUUUAAAGAACAACUGUCUUGCUAAUCUUAUAUUUUAAUCAUAGCUUUUACAUUCCUAAUCGUUUAAUUAAAUUUCAAACAAAUAAGUGUAACGACCGGGAAACGGGUGAGAAUCAACUUGAAAGUUUGAAAAGUUCCUAACCAAUUGGUGAAAACUCCGUUUUAUACGUAUUAUUACAUUAUUAGUUUAUUAUAUAGAACUUGGAAGUGUUGGAAUAGUAAUCUUUUACACAUACAUUAUACUAUUCUUCUUAGAUAUUUUUUCUCAACAAUUUGGCAAUUUCUAACUAAAAACAAUACAUUGACUUGGUAAAAUAAAAAUCCUAUAAUAUUCCAAAAUUAAUGACAACAUAUUAUACUAAAAUAAAGGAAUUUAAUGGAUUGAAGAAAGCAAGAGCAGCACCACUUGAUCACUCAUAACCCACGUUCCCACAUUCAAUCCCAAUUCUACAAGUUAUAUAAAUAUAAAUCAGACCAACUCCUAAAACACAACACAACACAAACAUAAGACGUGCUCACAAUACAUCACACACACACUUCACUUCACUCUUUCUUCUCCUUCUUAAACACCUCAAGAUCACAUCUCAAGAUUUAUAUGGCUCUUGAGACUCUCAAUUCUCCGACUUCAGCCACCGCCUCCGCUCGGCCUCUUCUCCGGUAUCGCGAAGAAAUGGAGCCGGAGAAUCUCGAGCAAUGGGCUAAAAGAAAACGCACCAAACGACAACGUUUUGAUCAGAGUCGUCUGAAUCAAGAAACGGCUCCUUCAGAAGAAGAGUAUCUCGCUCUUUGUCUCCUCAUGCUCGCUCGUGGCUCCGCCGUGCAAUCUCCUCUCCCUCCGUCUUCGUCCUCCGACCACCGUGGUUACAAGUGUACGGUCUGCGGAAAGUCGUUUUCCUCUUACCAAGCCUUAGGUGGACACAAGACGAGUCACCGGAAACCGGCGAGCAACGUUAACGUUCCCAUCAACCAAGAGCAGUCUAAUAACAGUCAUAGUAACAGCAACGGUGGUUCCGUCGUUAUCAACGGUAACGGCGUUAGUCAAAGCGGGAAGAUUCAUACUUGCUCGAUAUGUUUCAAGUCGUUUUCGUCAGGUCAGGCUUUGGGUGGACACAAACGGUGUCACUAUGACGCUGGUAAUAACGGAAACGGUAACGGCAGUAGCAGCAACAGCGUGGAGGUCGUCGGUGGCAGUGACGGCAGCUAUGUGGAUGAUGAAAGAUCGUCAGAACAGAGCGCGACCGGCGACAACCGGGGGUUUGACUUGAAUUUACCGGCUGAUCAAGUCGCAGUUGUGAUAUCUUAACGUUGACUAGGCUCGUUAUAAAAGUCAACUUUCAAGCGAGAGGAGUGGGGUUAGUGGACGGUGAAGUAUUAACAGUCGUUUGUUUCCAGUUGCUUCAGCUUGACUGAGUUUGUAAUGAAAGUGAUUGGAGUGGACUUGCGCAUUUGCAUUUUUAUUUUAUUUUUAAGAAAUGUUUAUUUAUUUGUUGUUGGAUUUGUUUAUAGAUAGAGGAAACAAUUGAGAUAUUGAAAUAGUUUUUGUCAAAAGAGAAAAAUUAAAAAGAAUAAUACAGAGGUGUGGAUGAUUGGAUCUUACACGUUAUUAUGUAGUGGACCGUUCUGUAAUAGUUUACUGAAUUUCUUAUUUUUUUUUCGUAAUCU